AUGACGAUACCCAGACUGGAGCUUUCUGCAGCAGUAGUAGCUGUAAAGAUGGAGCAGAUGCUACGAAGGGAGCUGAAACUGAACGUCUGCGGGUCCACGUUCUGGACUGACAGCAUGCUUGUGCUGCAGUACAUCAAGAACACAUCAAAGCGCUUACACACGUUUGCAGCCAACAGGGUGGCUGUCAUACAUGAUGGUUCAUCUGUUGACCAGUGGCGAUAUGUAAAUACGGAUCGAAAUCCUGCUGAUGACGCAUCGAGAGGUCUGGACGCGCACAACAUGAUCUCCAAAGACAGGUGGAGAAAGGGACCAGAAUUCCUCUGGCAGGAUGAGAAGAGUUGGCCAGCAACUCCUCAAACUCCAAAUCUUCUCGAGACGGAUCGGGAAGUGAAGAAAGUAGCAGUGUCACGAGCUACGGGAGGCGCAGUGACAGCUGAUCCUGUGGCAAGACUUAUCAGCAAGUAUUUCAGUUGGAACCAUCUAAAGAAGGCUGUGGCGUGGGUCCUGCGUUGCAAGAAGUGGUUGAUUGAACGCAGAUCUCGAUCCAUAUGGAGUGGAAAUCGACUGACCGCAGCAGAGAUGGAUGAUGCAGAACUUGCUGUAAUAAGAUACGUGCAAAGAAUCAACUACGAGCAGGAGAUCCGAGACUUAGAGAAGGGGAGACGUUCAGUCCAAAGGCAAAUUUCCAUCUACAGUCUUGAGCCAAUUAUCGAUGACAACGGUGUUCUGAGACUAGGUGGUAGGCUCAGACAAGCGCCCGUAGAGGAGAGUCGAAAGUUCCCUUCGAUUCUACCUAAGCAUCAUCAUGUGUCAACCCUGAUUGUUCGUCAUGCACAUGAUACCCUGUUGGGUCAUUCAGGCAAGGAACAUGUACUCUCUGUGGUGAGACAGCAGUAUUGGAUUCCGAAGGCCCGGUCACUGAUCAAGAAUAUCUUGAAGGCAUGUGUUGUCUGCAAGUGA